AUAUUAAAUAAACAUCGAAAAGGAUGAUUCGAUGAAGAAAGGAAGGAAAAAAAUAACGAGUCAAACUGAUAUUCCUCGAUUUUUUUAUGUGGAAAAAAAUUUGUAACAUAUUGAGAGUUUGCGUUUGAUUCAUAAUCUAAAUGGAGAUGUCUGCACCACCCUGUCUGUCACGAUGUCCUUCAUCUCUGUUUCUGAAAUCUAGGGUUAGGGUUUUUCAGAGAACACCGAAAUUAACAUGCACACCUUCCCAAGCCGCAAUCUUUUCAGUCAAUCAACUUAAUCUCACUCGAAUGGAUGAUGUUCCCAGAGACAUCUCUUCUGCUGCUUUGGUGAGAGACAACACUUCCGCUACAUCAAUACCUUUGCCUGUUGACUCAGGUGCUAGAAUUGGAGAGGUGAAAAGGGUCACCAAGGAGACCAAUGUAUCAGUCAAAAUAAACUUGGAUGGUUGUGGGGUUGCUGAUAGCAGUACUGGAAUUCCCUUCCUCGAUCAUAUGCUUGAUCAACUUGCUUCCCAUGGGCUGUUUGAUGUACACGUGAAGGCUACAGGUGACACACAUAUUGACGAUCAUCACACAAAUGAAGAUGUAGCCCUUGCUAUUGGAACAGCUUUGCUGCAGGCUCUUGGUGAUAGGAAGGGUAUUAAUCGGUUCGGUGACUUCUCUGCUCCACUUGAUGAAGCAUUAAUACACGUUUCACUGGAUUUGUCUGGCCGACCACAUCUAAGUUAUAAUUUGGACAUACCGACUCAGAGGGUUGGGACAUAUGACACUCAGUUGGUGGAGCAUUUCUUCCAAUCCUUGGUGAACACAUCCGGGAUGACACUUCACAUUCGGCAGCUUGCUGGAAAAAAUUCUCAUCAUAUCAUUGAGGCAACCUUCAAAGCUUUUGCUAGGGCUCUUCGACAAGCAACAGAGUGUGAUCCACGUCGCCAUGGAAGUAUACCAAGUUCAAAAGGGGUUCUGUCUCGUAGUUAAAAUCUCCAGCGGAUGGUUCUCCAUUGUUCUAAAGGUAUUUGCAUUCUAAAUGGUCGCUAGUCCAGGCUCCAAAUUCCACAAUGGCAAGUCCUUCGAUGUCGUGUGAUGAUAAAUCCCCCAUGCUGUGGCCAGUAUUUUUUUACAUAAGUUACUGCCCUCUGUAAACAAUAUUGUUGUACGUACAUUUAUUCUAGAAAUAAAAAUAAAUUUUCUAAUGUUUUACUUUUGUACCUCUUUUAAUAAAGAUAUUAAAU